AUGUGGCAUCUUGUUCGGAUAUUGGCAGUAUCGCGACUUUGGUUCAGCGAUGGGAAUCCAAUUGCGGCACAGCGAGGUGGCCAUGGUGUAUCAUCUCGCCUCAUUGUCGACGGACAGGGGUUUUUGGAUGUCACCGAGAUGCGCUCAUCAGACUCGAUGGUUCUAGAUGCUAAUGGAGAAACUCUGUGGUUAAAGAGGCGCGAGAGAUAUAGCAGCCGCUUUGCUUGUCCUUCGCUGCAAAACAGUCCAUAUCCGCUGAGCAUGUCUCUUCAAAUUGACGAUGGUGGCAACUUCAACCUGAGCAUCGUCAACAUCCCAUCUAUAAUGACAGCCUGCUAUAGCAUUCCGAAACAAGUGUCAGGCCGUCUCAAGCCCCUGCCUGAGAUCUCUGCCGAAGACGCAGCCUUUAUCAGUAACAUGAUUGAGCAGAAGUUCGUACCAUACCAGAACAUCCCGGAUGCCCCAUUGAAGCCCAUCCAAGAAAUCAGGGCUCUAGGAAGGCAACACUUUCCCUUUACGCCCUACAGCUUUGAGCUUGCCAUGACUCUUUACGACUGGACGACGGCGUCAUUUGCGCGCAUGGUGCUGUUCAAAAUCUUUCAGUACACCGGUAUCAGCUCGGGGGUCGCAGCACUUCCUCACCCUUUGGAUCGUGACAGUCUCGCCGUCAACAUUUGGCAGAGCAACUUUUCUGUAUAUACGCCCCAGGAUGCAGACUAUAUGCGGACCUUUUUGAUGCAGCCCGCACAUUCGUUUGACAAUCUCACUGCCCAGCUUGAAGAGGUUAUUGAUCAGGUGUACAACUUUAGCGAGAUUGAGAACCGCCUUCUGGUUGCUGCUAUGCAGUCGAUGCCUCGGACUUCGAUUGCUUCGAAGCCACGGCUGUUUAGUGGACAGGUUGACAUCGAGCAACUUGGCACAGGGCGGUUCGGCAUCGAGUUUGAAGAGUGCCCGCUGAACGAGGGCCCUGUUGGGGUCGAGCUGGAGCAUUCACUGGCGGAUGCCCUGGACAGUUACAUGGCUGUUGGAAAGACCAUCACAACCAAGAUGGUCUGGAGUUUUACGGAUAGCAUGGAAGAGGCAAUGCAUUAUUCUAACGGGAUCGUGCUCGUGUUGAAUCCGCCGUCCGGUACCUCGCUGUGGGACAGUAUAUCGUUUAUCACGCCGUUAUCUGACGAUCCGUCUAAGAUAGAAUAUACGGCUGCUCCCGGCACCAAGUUCAAGAUUCAGUCUGUUCAACAUACUGCUGUCUCGGGUAAGCCGGUGACGAUGAUCGGUCUGGAGCCAGUGUUGGAGCGAGAUGGAUCGUUGAAGACACAGUCAAUGCUCGAAGGGAUCCGCCAGCAUCGGUUAAGUGAAGAUGUAGUUGAACAGGGAAUUGACUCUCAUGGAUCUAUUAAGUUAAGACGUGGUCGAUAUAAUACUAGACGGCAGGGAGAAGAUGUGUUGAUGGAUGAGUAA